GGAACAAAACCCCUCUCUCUCUCUUCAGCCAAAGUAAACGUCGACACAGCCCUAGCGUCGGAGAAAGCUCGUCGCCACCGCGUUCUCCGAUCGCCUCCGGCCGCCGUUGCUUCUCCUCCGGUCGCCGCCCCCGACGCCGAUCCCGAUCUGUUCCUCCCAUCGCGGUCCUCGCUGAUAUUUGACGUGCUUCCUCGGUACACACAAGAUGUACUUCCGGUCAUCAUACAAAAAUGCAGGAGUUGAGCUUGUUUUUAUUAGUGUAUCCAAAUGGACUGCAAGAAGUUCAUUCAGUUGGUUGAGGAGAAGAAGAAGAGAGCUCUGGAGAAGAAGGAAGCGCCUUUGAAAUGGGAACAGAAGCUUGAAGCUGCUGCUAAGGCGAAGGCUGAUGCCGAAGCUAAACAGAGGAAGUUGAAGGCUGCAAAACACAGGAGGAGAUCUGGAUCAUCCUCUGACAGUGGUAGUGACAGUGAUUCCGAUGCUAAGGAGCACAAAAAGAGGAGACGAUCUCACAAGAAACAUAGGAAGGGUGCUCACUCUGGAUCCAGUGAUGAUGAGAAGAGGAAGGAGAAGAAGUCAAGGCGCAAACAAAGGAGAGGAUCUUCGGGUACUAGUGAUGAUAGCAGUGAUGAGUAUGAUAGUGAGUUUGAAGAAGAGAGGAGAAAGAAGCGAAGUCAUAAGAGGCGCAGGCAUAAUGACUCGAGGCCAGAUUCUACUGCUGACUCUUCAAGUGAAGACAGUGAUGAUGAGAGGAUUCGGAGGAGAAGACGUGCAAGGCAUCAUAGACACAAUAGGAGGGUGAAAUCAAGUGGUCCAGAUGAUUCAAGCGAUGAGGAGGAAGCUGCUGUUAGGAAGAGGAGUCAUACAAAGCAUCACAAGAGGCAGCAGUACUCGGAGUCCAGUGAUUCAGGUUCUUCAAGUGAAGUUGAAGAUGGUGAAAUAAGAAGGAAGAAGCAUUCAAAGCACCAUAAGCAUCACAAACGAUCGCGCAGCCAGGACUUGGACCUAUCAGAUUCUGAUGAGAAUGGACACGAUCAAAGGAGUCGAUCUUUGGGCAAGUCAUCGGAUGACAACCAUGACGAAGCUAGCAAUGUUUCGAAGAACAAGAAGCAUGAGCAGCAUCACAAGCAUGGUCAGCAUCACAAACAGCGGCAUAAUCAUGGGAGCGGCAGUACUCUCGAGUCUCAGGCUCCUGGAGAACCUAAUGGGGAAUUGAUGGACAAACCAACUGCAGCAGAUGAUGUUUGUCAUGAUGCCUGAGUAUCAAAACACUGGGCUUCUUAGUUGCUUGAUCUCGUGAGUGCGUGUGCACGCUAAUAACUUAACUGAUUGGUUUACUCAAUGUGCUCGGAAUCUGUGAUUUCAUGAAACGUUCCAGGUUCAGCUUUACCUUUUGUUCUAUUUCGUGGUUUAAGAUUCCUGUGGCGACCUUUGAUUCCUCAGUCCUUGUAUGCAACUUCAGCGUUCUUAUUGUGAUA